UAUAAGUGGCCGACCUGGGGGCAGCAGCGCAAACUACUCCAGCAGCUGGAUCAGAGGGCAGCUCCUUUUUCCCAGCAUGGCCCCCUCGGCUUGGGCCAUCUGCUGCUGUCUCCUGGGGAGCCUCCUGCCCCAUGGGGGCAGCCCCAGCCCCGGUCCCAGCCCCAGUGUGCCUCGUCUGCGGCUCUCCUACCGAGAUCUCCUGUCUGCCAACCGUUCUGCCCUCUUUCUGGGUCCACGGGGCUCCCUAGACCUCCAAGUCAUGUUCCUGGAUGAGUAUCGGGAUCGCCUCUUCCUGGGAGGCCGUGAUGCCCUCUACUCUUUGAGGCUGGAUCAGGCAUGGCCAGACCCCCGGGAGGUCUUGUGGCUGCCACAGCCAGGACAGAGGGCAGAAUGUGUCCAGAAGGGAAGAGAUCCUUUGACAGAGUGUGCCAACUUCGUGCGGGUCUUGCAGCCCCACAACCGGACCCACCUGCUGGCCUGUGGCACCGGAGCCUUCCAGCCCAUCUGUACCCUCAUCGCAGUGGGGCAUCGAGGGGAGCACGUGCUCCGCCUGGAGCCCAGCACGGUGGAAAGUGGAAGGGGGCGGUGCCCACAUGAGCCAAGCCGGCCCUUCGCCAGCACCUUUGUAGGCGGGGAGUUGUACACUGGCCUCACCGCUGAUUUCCUGGGACGUGAGGCCAUGAUUUUCCGGAGUGGGGGUCCCAAACCAGCCCUUCGUUCCGACUCUGACCAGAGCCUCCUACAUGACCCCCGGUUUGUGAUGGCUGCUCGGAUCCCAGAUAACUCAGACCGGGAUGACGACAAGGUGUAUUUCUUCUUCUCUGAGACUGUCCCGUCACCAGAUGGUGGCCCGGGUCAUGUCACCGUCAGCCGUGUGGGCCGAGUCUGUGUGAAUGAUGCUGGUGGCCAGCGGGUGCUGGUGAACAAGUGGAGUACCUUCCUCAAGGCCAGGCUGGUCUGCUCUGUGCCUGGCCCCGGUGGGGCUGAGACUCACUUUGACCAGCUGGAGGACGUGUUCCUGCUGUGGCCGAAGGCAGGGAAGAACCUGGAGGUGUAUGCGCUGUUCAGCACCGUCAGCAGUGCUGUGUUCCGGGGCUUCGCCGUCUGUGUGUACCACAUGGCAGACAUCUGGGAGGUCUUCAACGGGCCCUUUGCCCACCGAGAUGGCCCUCAGCAUCAGUGGGGACCUUAUGGGGGCAAGGUGCCCUUCCCCCGCCCCGGUGUGUGCCCUAGCAAGAUGACGGCACAGCCAGGGAGACCCUUUGGCAGCACCAAGGACUACCCGGAUGAGGUGCUGCAGUUUGUCCGAGACCACCCACUCAUGUUCCAGCCUGUGAGGCCCAGGCGGGGACGCCCUGUCCUGGUCAAAACUAACUUAGCUCAGCAGCUGCGCCAGAUUGUGGUGGACCGAGUGGAGGCCGAGGAUGGGACCUAUGAUGUCAUCUUCCUAGGGACCGAUUCAGGGUCUGUGCUCAAAGUCAUGGCCCUCCAUGUCAGCGGCUUGGCUGAGCCUGAAGAGGUAGUUCUGGAGGAGCUCCAGGUGUUUAAGGUGCCAACACCCAUCACGCAGAUGGAGAUCUCUGUCAAAAGGCAAACGCUGUAUGUGGGCUCUCCACGGGGCGUGGCCCGGCUGCGGCUGCACCAGUGUGAGACUUACGGCACUGCCUGUGCUGAGUGUUGCCUGGCCAGGGAUCCGUACUGUGCCUGGGAUGGUGCUUCCUGUACCCGAUACCGCCCCAGCUUGGGCAAGCGCCGGUUCCGAAGGCAGGACAUCCGACAUGGCAACCCUGCUCUGCAGUGUCUGGGCCAGGGCCAGAGCCAAGACAAGGAAGCUUCAAGACUGGUGACCAGAGUCUUCGGCACAGAGCACAACAGCACUUUCCUUGAGUGUCUGCCCAAGUCUCCCCAAGCUGCAGUACGCUGGUUUUUACAGAGGCCAGGGGAUGAGGGGACCGACCAGGUGAAGACAGAUGAGCGCGUUGUGCAGACGGAACAGGGGCUUCUGUUCCGGAGGCUCAGCCGCCGUGACGCAGGAAACUAUACCUGUACCACACUGGAGCACGGCUUCUCCCAGACUGUAGUUCGUUUUACCCUGGAGGUGAUUGCGGCUGUGCAGCUGGACAGCCUGUUCCUCCGGGAGCCACGGCCAGAGGAGCCCUCAGCCUGGAGAGGCCUGGCCUCCGCUUCACCCAAGACUUGGUAUAAGGACAUCCUUCAGCUCGCCGGUUUCGCCAACCUGCCCCGGGUGGAUGAGUACUGUGAGCGUGUAUGGUGUAGGGGUGCUGGGGAGCGCUCAGGCUCCUUCCGGGGCAGGGGAAAGCAGGCUAAGGGGAAGAGCUGGGCAGGGCUGGAGCUGGGCAAGAAGGUGAAGAGCCGGGUGCUGGCCGAGCACAAUCGGACACCUAGGGAGGUAGAAGCCGCCACAUAGAAGAUGGCUGAGGAGGGGGUGGACAGGCUGGGCUGGGAGACUCAACAACAUCUCCCUCCCACCCAGCCAGGGCAGAGGAGGCCAGGGCACCUGGUUACCUCUCUACCACCUGCAGGAAAGACUAGAGGCUGGUGGGAAGGGCCGUGCCCCUCAGCCUACCCCUGACCCUCUCUGUGUCCUCAGUCCCAGGCUGGAGCUGGCACCCCCUGACCACUUGGGGUCCCAAGGGGCCUGCUAUUUGUUCUCAGGGAUGGUGUGGCUUCCGGAGCACAUUUCCGGCUGUGCCCAGAGGCAAAUGGGUUGGGUGGUUCUUUCUCAGCUUGCAGAACAAUGGCCAUUCUGAGUGGGUGUAUGGGUGGCUCUGAGGGGAUAUAUUGGCCGUCCACCAGAGAAGGGGACAGUAGCUGGUAAGCUGGCACCUGUGAGGAAGUGCUUGCUCCACCAGAGGUGUGAGAGAAGGUAGCGGAGCGAGGAGGUCGGGGAGCAUUGUCCAUCUGCCUCCGUGCUUUGGUAUCUGGAUGUUUCCCUGCCUCAGCCCACCACCAUCUCAGACUCAGGCAGGAAUUGCUAGAACCUGAAAGUGGCCCGGCUCCCUCUGACACCAGGAAGAGUUGUCUCACAACAUGAUACCUAUUUUCCAGGUCCCAAACAGUCAGGCCAGAUUUGUGGGGUACCUACACCUCACCAUCAGGGUCCCUUCCUGAGGGUCAGGAGGAGGAGGGUCUGAGGGGCAGAGAGAGGAAGAAGGCAGAUCCAGGGUGGGAGCCGGAAGAUGGGCUACCUUUCUAAGGGCGAGGCAGGCACACUCAGGCCUGUGAGGUUAGAGUGGGCUCUGAGGACUGCAGUCUGUGGUCAGGAUCAGUACCCCGGGCUUUGGCUAGGGCUCCAAGGAACGAGAGAGGGGUGGGCCCAUGAGUCCGCAACAGGUGUCCUCAAGAACCAAAGUGACAUCAAUCGGUUCAGGAGUCUCUGGGUAGGCCAGACAUUCCCAGCCCUGGAGUCUAUAUUAGCUAUACACAGGGUGGCCAUGAUGGUUCGUUCCUAAGACUCCUGUGUUUUUCAUGGUACUCAGGAUUGGACCCAGGGUCUCAUGCAUGCCAGACAAGUGCUCUACCACUGAGUUGUGUCCCAGCUUGCUCGUGUUCUCUCUCUCUCUCUCAUGGGAGGAUGUGGAGAAGAAGGCUGGCAGAACGGUGAUCCUGCUGUUCUGGGGAGGCUGAGUGUCAAGGGCACAUCUGGCUUAGGCUGUAGAGGAGGAACUUGGCCAUCAGCAGUCUCUCCAGCUGGGGAGCAGAGUGGGGGAGGAGGACAAUUAAAUGAGAAGUUAUUCCCAGCCUGAGGGUGAAUUAGUUAGUGACGCACAAGAGGGCAAGUCUGAGAUCCCCCCUUUGAAAAGAAGGAAAAAGGAAGAGAGGGGGUGGGCAGAAGAUGAAGCAGCAAGAUAGAGGUUCUUGCUCUACUGAAGUUCAAACUUUGGGUUUAUUUUCUCUAUCCUGACACCACCAGGGUGCUGGGAUCUGAACGCUCACACCCUCUCCACUUUGCUCAUCUGGCAAACAGGAGCCCUGAAAUCCACCUGCCCAAACCCAGGUCCUUCUGCUUGUGGGUGUGGCCCCUUGGGAUAUUGGUGAAUGAAAGAAGAGGAAAGAGGAGUGGGUAGAAGCCAGAGGAAAGAAGGGAUGGGGAGACAGAGGAGAUGGAAGGGGAGAGGAGACCCUGAGAAGACAGAAAGCGGCAGCCCGGUCCUCAGUGGCUCCUCUGGGGAAACGGCCCUGGGAAACGCAGGGAAAAGGAACU